UUUAUUUAAUAAGUGGUGUAUUUUUAUUGUUUUUUGAUGAUAUAAGUGGUGGUGAAGGAAGGAAGGAAGGAAGGCGCGAUAUAAGCGCGCGGAGGGAGCGCGCCGCCACAGUGCAUUGGUUGGUCUCGGACGGAGCGCGCCGAUAUGGGGAGAAAGGCGUUCAUAGCGGUCGCGUGGCUGAUCAGUGCGUGGACUGUGACCGGUUCGAAAGUUAAAGACAAUGAGAGUGCCACAAGUGCGCGUCUGUACCGGAACGCGAAGGGGAUAUACGCGAGCGCGUACGCCGGCGCGGCGCCCCACGGCGCCUUCUCGUUCCACGUGCCGACCGCGGUGCCCGCCGCCUCGGCCUCGAAGCUCAUCCCGGUGAAACAGGAGAGCAUCGUUAUACAGAAUUCAAACGGGUUCUUGAAGGAUUCGUACGGGAACAAGUUUGUGGAGACGCCGACGUCGGUGGCGUACAAGGCGACGUUCCCGCAGCAGUUCGUGCAGCUGCAGCACCUGCCGGCGCACCUGGCGCAGCCGCUGGCCGCCGCGCCCGCCCUGCGCCUCCCGCCCGGCGCGCCGCAAGCCUUCUUCGGCCCCCAGCUCCGCCUGCACGCGCUCGACGCCGUCACCUCGCCGCUCACUCGUUACGGCUCCCUCGCGCACCCCUUCGUGUACGCCGGCAACGUCAACUCUCUCACCCCGGCGUCCGACCAGCAGUUUCAUUUCGGUGCACCCAAAAACGCACAGCAGGACUCCAGCAACAAGAAAGUGGUGUACGCCGCCCAGGGCCACAACCAGCUUCAGAAGGAGCCCAAGUUCCAGCGAUUAGAAGAGAAACCGCACCACAACGAAUAUUAUAAAUCUUCGGGACAGCAAGCUUCGAGCGUCAAGGCCCACAACGGAAAACAAAACCAGCACCAGGAGCCCAAGUUCCAGAGAUUAGAAGAAAAUCCUUACUAUAACGAUUAUUAUGACGCGCCCCGGCAGCUAGCGUCUCCUAGCAUCAGGGCGAAGGUGCAGACUCCCAUCACGCACACCGUGAGGACCACUCACAACGGCAAAGAUACCAUCGUGCAGAUAGAAACCAAGCCGCCGCUCCCUCUCGUGGACCUCAGCCUGCUCGAGCCGCUCACGUUCGCCGACCCCAUCGUCCCGCAAGUGCAGCACUACUUGCCCACGAUCAGCCCGCUGACGCUCCAAGCCCUGCAUCCGCAAGAUGCCGAGGAUAAGAACGAAAAGGAAUUUGUCGUUCAAAAAACCAAGUCUUACGACAGCGGCGUCGUCAAAGGCCAAGGUCAUGCCGACGCGCCGAAGAAAAAGCAAAAGAAACCUCCGAAGAAGGACGCCGACGUAUACAUUAAUUUCGAAAGUAAAUCAGAAAAGCCGAGUAUAAAAGUGAAAGGGAAACCUAACGACCCCGGAUACUCCUACGAAAUAAAGUCCCCGGGACAUAAAGAAACUUUCAACCAACAAGUUAUCAGCUACAACAAGGAAACGAAGAGUGACCCAGUAUCGUACACUUACGAGAAGCAAACUCAGAAAGAGCCAGUGACUUACAGUUAUUCUCACAACUCAAACGACCCUGGACAAGCGAAGGUUCAGUACGUCAAGAAGGACCCCGCACCUAGUACACAUCCAGUUUACAAUUUCGAGCCCGAACAAGCUAAUGAACACCAAGAAUCUUCUAAACCUGCACCCGAGGAAUCAGAUGAUUCUAACGAGUCUUCGGAAUCCGACGAUGAAGGUCCUGCCGACGACCACGCUCAGUACAACUCUGAGCCUCACCAUGACAAACCUUCUCACUCUGAGCAUUCCUCUCAGUCACAUCAACAUCAUCCUAACAGUGAUCACCCCCAUCACUCUUCCCACAGCGAUCAUCCCGGUCCGUCGACUCAUUCGUAUCAUUCAUCUCAUAGCGAUCACCCCCAUCCAUCGACACAUUCUCACCACUCUUCGCACAGCGACCACCCCGGGCCCUCGACACAUUCCCACCAGUCGUCGCAUGCACCGCCAACCCACUCAUAUUCAUCUAGCUCAUCUCAUCCUUCCCCUGCUACAUAUCAAACUCAAUCUCAGCAUCUGCAACCUGAACAUAAGGCUCAGUUAAAUGCCAGUCCUACCCCGACAUAUUGGGUGGUCAGCAGUAAACCCCAAUACUAUACCGCUGCCGCCUCGACGCCGAAGCUUCCAACUCUCCACGAGUAUGUGGAAAACCUCAGAUUUCUUCCAUCCUAUCCCAGCCCCCCGAGCGCAGCCAUAAGCGUCAACCCGAGCCGACCACCCCUGCAGCAGGCGCAAUAUUACGUCCAACAAACGACCCCCCGCGCUCGCUCAGAAGGCUCGCUCGUUUCCGAACCCGUCAUUUACGAGAAGUCUAAGAAAAUCAUAAUUCAGGAAGAAUCUCCCGAAGAGGUGCACUCGCACCAGGAGAAGCUCACGGCCCAGAUGGAGACCGUGGGCGGGGACGGGGACAGCGAGGAAGACUUCGAGAAGUCGUACAAAGCGGCCGCCUACGGCUUCCCCGCCUACGACCGCGACGACUCGGGGGAGACCCACGACGAAGUGUACAAACAGAACUACGGCGAGCCUCCGCAGGAUCACAGCGGCGAGGAGUCCGACGACAAACACUCUCCCUUCGAACAGUACACGGAGGAGGGCGACCAGUUCCCCAAAUCCUCCCGCCUGAGCUACAAGGACGACCGGGACAAAGUCCAAGAAGAUUAUUUUUUAGGUUACUCGCUGAACAAGCCACAAAUUAUGACCGACAAGUAUCAAAGCAAGAUCGAUUACUAUAAAAUGUUCUUGAAAAACAAACCGGAGAAGCUGCGCGUAGCCGACGCGAAUAAAAAGGCGUCAAAAUUGUCUAAGUACACGGUCGAGCCAUCUUUUUUUGAUUCGGCGCCUAAACAAAAGCAAAAGCAAUCCGCGUCGUACAAGUCGGCGGCGUACAAGUCGGCGCCGGUGUUCGAGUACAGUUACGACAAGGAGGCUCCGCGCGACAGCUCCGCGUUCGCGUCGCGGCCCUCGCGCUACCGCAGCACGACGCACUUCGUGGAGCCGCAGUUCCAAUACGGGUUCGAACCCAUUGCCAUCCCCCGGAUAGACGCCGAGCAGGAGACUAUGGCGACCAACCUCAGCCCAGAGAGCGACAAGCCCGGCACCAGGAAAAAGCUGUACAAAGAAAACUGGUACAUUAAGAAAACGACGACGUCCAGCAAACCUAGCUGAUAAAUAACUAUUUAUUCCUAUUGUUAAGUUUAAUUUUGUUAGUCUAUUGUUAAUAAAAUAUUGAAUUAAA